GUUCUGCUGGCGACAAUGUGACAUUCAGUAAGUCAGAAGAAUAGCAGCUCAUACAUUCACUGUCAGAAGAAAAGUCCUGGUGGGUCCACUCAGUAUUAGAUGGCAGGGUGGAGGGAGAGGGAGGGGCCGAGAUGAGUGCUGAACCGCUAUUGGAAGAGACCCUGAUCAAGCGGUCUCAACAGAAGAGGUUCACAUCGCCGCUGAACUACAAGGAGAGGGUGUUCGUCCUCACCAAGACCACGCUCACAUACUAUGAGUUCAGAGCAGAGAAGAGGUUGAAGAAGGGGUCCAUCGACCUGCAGAGAGUCAGGUGUGUUGAGAUGGUGAAGAAUGAAGGAGGAGUCAUACCCUGUCAGAACAAAUACCCUUUCCAGGUGGUGUAUGACUCCAGUACUCUCUACGUAUUCGCUCCCAGUCAUGAGAGUAGGAGGAUCUGGGUCCAAAUUAUCAAGGAAGAGAUCAAGGAGAACUCUGUGAUCGUUGCUAAGUUCCACCCUCAGUUCUGGCUGGAGGGGGUGUGGCUGUGCUGUCGUCAUGCAGAGAAACAGGCCCCGGGCUGUGAGAAGUACAACCUGUUCGGAAACAUUACGAGGAAACCUCUUCCCCCCAUUCCUGGAAAGUCUCGUCGGCCUCUCCCUCCUCCCCCUCCUGUACACUGCCCUGAUGAUGAUGAUGAUGAUGAUGAUGGUGGUGGUAGUGUUGUUGAGGAGGAGGAGGAACAGGAGGUUGUGAUAGCCCUGUAUGACUUCGAUGGUCCUGAACCACAUGACCUGACUCUGACCAAGGGAGGAGAAUACGUCAUACUGGAGAAAUGUGACAUCAACUGGUACAAGGCCCGUGACAAAUACGGGUCAGUAUGGGAGGAGGGGUACAUCCCCAGAAACUACGUGACAGAGAAGCAGUUGGGGAACCUGGAACAGUAUGCCUGGUACAGUAAACAUGUCAACAGGAACAAAGCUGAGGAACUACUGCGGAGAGAGGAUAAAGAGGGAGGGUUCGUGGUAAGAGACUCCAGUAACCCAGGAACGUACACCGUCUCCCUGUACACCAAGUCAGCAGGCGGUGCAGCUAUCAGGCAUUACCACAUCAAGGAGACCGAAGACAGCCCCAGACAGUUCUACCUGGCUGAGAAACACCUGUUCACCUCCAUACCUGACCUCAUAGAGUACCACAACUACAACGCUGCAGGUCUGGUAGCCAGGUUGAGAUAUCCAGUAGGAAAUAAGGAGAGAUUGGCUCCCUCCACAGCAGGCUUCAGCUAUGAGAAGUGGGAGAUCAACCGUAGUGAGCUGACCUUCAUGAAGGAGCUGGGUAGUGGUCAGUUUGGGGUGGUGCGUCUGGGGAAAUGGAGAGCUCAACAUAAAGUGGCCAUCAAGGCUAUCAGAGAGGGAGCCAUGUGCGAAGACGACUUCAUAGAGGAAGCCAAGGUUAUGAUGCGUCUCUCCCAUCCUAAGCUGGUGCAGCUGUAUGGAGUGUGCACCCACCAGAAGCCCAUCUACAUUGUGACUGAGUUCAUGGAACUGGGAUGUCUGCUCAAUUACAUCAGGCAACGUCGGGACACCUUCAGCCCGGGGUCCUUACUGAGUAUCUGUCAGGACGUCGCAGAGGGGAUGGAACACCUGGAGGCACACGGCUUCAUACACAGAGACCUGGCAGCGAGGAACUGUCUGGUGAACGAUGCUUUGGUGGUGAAGGUAUCAGACUUUGGAAUGGCCAGGUACGUGCUAGAUGACCACUACACUAGUUCAUCAGGAGCUAAGUUCCCAGUCAAGUGGUCUCCUCCUGAAGUGUUCAACUUCUGCAAGUACAGCAGCAAGUCUGACGUAUGGUCCUUCGGUGUGUUGAUGUGGGAGGUGUUUACAGAGGGGAAGAUGCCGUUUCAACACAACCCUAACCAUGAGGUAGUGAUGAUGGUGUCACAGGGACACCGCCUCUACAGACCCAAGAAGGCCACGCCCAACAUCUAUGACAUCAUGCAGCUCUGCUGGCACGAGGGAGUGGAGGAGAGACCAUCGUUCUUUCAGAUCUCCAUCUUGAUCUCUGACGCUCUGGAAGGGGACAGCUCCUCCUCAGCCUGAACCGACCAAUCAAAUCCUCUCCUCUGCCUGAACCGACCAAUCAGAUCGCAAACCACCAAUCGGAUCUACUCAGAUCUCCUCAGAUCUACUCUUGAUGGAGGACUGCUUGAAAUAAGGAUCCAAACAUUCCACACCACUCUCUGUACUGAUGUAUCUGUCAAGAUGGACGAUCUCAAUGGAUUUUGUUAGACAGAAAGCUCACGUCCAGAUACCAUUUCCUGUUUCACCUCUUCUAUCCUGUCUGACAGGAAACUGGACUGUAGAUGUUUUCUCCCUCUUCAUUCUCCAGUUGUUUGUAUUUUAACUAAACUUAUUCCAUCCCUUUGCAACAGCUAGUCCUGUUACUGUAUAGUGCAGUGGGUCCAUUCAUUCAUCUUCUCCUAUUUCAAUACUCGAUCACGUCCUCAAUCCAGCUCACUUGUAUAUUUAUAAGGUACAUUUAUAUUUAUAAGGUAAAUGCAUGUUUUUAAUAAUAAUGCAGCAGCUUGAAUGUAAUUACAACAGCAUGAAUGACAAUACUAUUCUCCUAUACGAUUGUAUUCUCUUCCAUCAACUCAGAAAACUCUGUCCAACAGCCAAGAUAGGUGUUCCUGACUCCAGAUACAUACCUAGCUUUAGAUAGGUGUUCCUGACUCCAGAUACAUACCUAGCUUUAGAUAGGUGUUCCUGACUCCAGAUAGUUUUUUGUUUGUUUUUAAUCUAUGUUUUAAGUGAGAGUAGGCAUUGGUCUGAAGCUGAAAAAGAAAGGAGAUUCACAUGACCACCCCAAUGCCUACUCCACCCAUGCUCCACCAAGGUUCUCCAGCACACUGCUUUGACCUACUACAGUAGCUAUGUUGGUCUAUUGUACUUCAAUGUGUAGGCAGAUUGCUUAGGGUUCAAAACUUCUCAAAUAUUUGUAUUAUUAGUAGUAGUAUUGCUAUAUUGCAGUAAUUACCAACAAAGGCUAGUGCCUAUCAUACCCAACAAAUGACAGCAAUAGGCUAAUGUUAUUUAUUUUACAGCAGACCUACUUAUAACCUUAUUAUCUUAAACUAAAUAUGGAGCACACAAUUAAAAAGACAGAUCAAAUGUAAUUUAGCCAAUGAAAAUGUCUCAACAGAAUUAAAGAAAACAGGUUUUGCCUAUUUAAAGAACUGGUUUUGAUUAAUAAAUAUGCUUAAAUAUAAUAACAAUGAUAUACAAUAAUAAUGAUAAAACAAAUUAUUAUAAAUAAAUGUAAGUUCCAAAAUGUAAGUCCUACCUGAGUAGGGACUGGCCACUAUCAUCUUAGCCCACUACAAUAUUACAACUUAUAUUAAAUUCCCCUUGUAGGCUUUUCACUGCAGGCAUAGUCUAUCUUUAGUUUUACUUCAAUGAAAACGGCCUCCAUCUUCACAAUCAGCAGUGGCCAAGGCUCCUCCCUCUCUCUCUCUCCUCAGCAGCAGGCACACGUGUGUGCAAGGCGUGAGAGAAUGGUGCUGAAGAGGGAAUUCAGGGUGUAGACUAUAUAGACAGCCUCUCCCGGGGUGUAGACUAUAUAGACAGCCUCUCCUGGGGUAUAGACU